AUGUUUCUUUGAAUCUUUCUAUAUUGCAAAAAAGAGAAUUUUGUUUGCUGGCACUUGUUUCUUAACCUCUUUUUAGCUCAUUCGUUGAUUCUGCGAGCACCAUGCUUUUCUUGUUUCAGUGCUGUUUCCUUGUUCUAUCCAUGUCGAAUAAAAUAUUACCAAAAGGAUCUAUACAAUUUGAGAUACGUUGAAUCGUCAAACUCCAAUGGUUUUCCUUUUUCUGUUUGCAUUUUUUUCUUCUACAAAUCUCUGUUUCUCAUAAUUAUACUUAGUUUUAUACUUUUAUUCAACGUAUAGUUCUCAGAAUUUGGUCAAUAAGCAUUUUGGACGGUUACUUCUUUUCAUUUUUUGCUUUCCGUAAUUUUGAGUGGAAAAGGUUAAUGAUUGUUGUCCUUCACUUCAUAGCCUCAUUUUCUUCUCUGCAUCAUCUCUUAGGAUAAAAAACUUCAGUACAAUGUGUAGAUAGUUGAACUUCUAAAGUAUUUAGUAGAAAAUUUAAUUUUUGUGUAGUGUAUAUGAAAACAAUUUGUUAGGAGAUUUCUCUCAUUUAAUGUGAUUUAAAGACUCAAAAAAAUUGUCUCAUUGCUGUCGGUAAUGAGAUAUUUAUUUAAUGGAAAAACCUUUUUUUGGGGAUAAUUUGAGAUUCUUCUAUGGAACUCUGUGGUUUUAGGUAGCUAUUUCCUCAGUACAAUAAAAAAGUUUCCUUUUUAUGGAAACGGGAUCUGCUUUUCCUAACUUAUAAAGAAUAAAAAAGAAUUAUGAUUAUAAUAAUGAUAAUAACAAUAAUAGUAACAAUAAUAAUUCAUUAAUUCUAAUCCAUGCUUCUAGUCUGAUUCCUCUGAAAAAGGAACUGAUGGAGGUCAUGAUUUCUACUUCUGAGCUUGUCUCAUCUGCCCAAAAUGCCUUAAACAAUUCCAAAUCUGGUCACGUUUUGUCUCUCUGUUGUGGUUAGUGCAGGCCGGUACAGAUAAGAGGAUAUGAUUAUGGAUAAAUUAUAAAAGAAAUGAAAAAAAAACAACAGUUAACUACAGUAGUAUACAGUACUUUUCAACUGAUUUGAUUUUAUUAGCUUAAACUGAGGUAUUACAAGUUAUUAUGUGAAUGUUGCCGUGUUAAAUAUUUAAAUGGUGUUAGUCUUACUGUUUAUAGUGAUUAUGUUUAUAGUGAUUAUGUCCGGCUUGAAAAGAUAUAAGUGGAGGAAACCUCGCAGAUCAGCUAACAUGAAAUUGUUAUAGUUAAAGAAGAUAUUUUAGAUUCGACUCUUGUAAAUGCGUUUUUCUUAAAUAAUUGAUAGGGCUGGUUCUGACUUGAAUUGGCUUCUUCUGACUCCAAAAAAAAGAAAAGGGAGAAGAAUUAAUGGAGAAUGACACAUUCUCUGGUGUUGGACACGGUAUACUACAGCAGAUUGAUGGCAAGGUGUUGCAUACGUUUCAGAAGAGCUUUGUUCAAGUACAGAACAUCUUGGAUCAGAACAGGGUUCUCAUCAAUGAGAUAAACCAGAAUCAUGAGUCUAAGGUCCCUGACAACCUUAACAGGAAUGUGGGACUUAUUAAAGAGCUCAACAACAACAUAAGAAGAGUGGUUGACUUGUAUGCAGAUCUUUCAAGUUCCUUCACGAAAUCCAUUGAUGUUAAUUCUGAGGGGGAUUCAAGUGGUGCUGUGAAAUCAGAUGGGAAAGCUUGCCACAAGCGAAACAGGCCUACAUAGAGAGUUUCUUUCUUUGUCUUCUUAAUUCUUUUGCUUGGUGGUGGAGAAUCACAACUUCACAACUUGUAUUUGGAUCAGCUUCUCACUCGUCAAAAUCAGUUCUAAACCACAGAAACUACUCACCGAAGCUUUUCUCCAGAAUUGUUUUGAUUUAAAAAAUCAAUUGUAGAAGAGUUUCCCAGCAUGCGUAGAACAAGAUUAGAUUCUGUAACUUAAGCUCUCUCUUGUAUCUCAUGUCUCUCUUUAGUUCAUCACUUACUUCUUAUAUGUCCAAUGAAAAAAAAAUAUUGAUUUUGUACCCGGAUUCCUCUCAUUGUAACCUUGUAAUUUUGGAUCUAAUAAAAGUCAAGCAUGUUCAAAAGGAAAA